CCUAGUUCCUGCAGACGUGAUUCCAGGAAGAAUGGCGCUGCUGGUUACCCUGUUUCUAGUUCUCGUCAAUAUAUUCAACAAUGUUACAACAAAUACGCCCAAGGCUGAAGGGUUGACCGCUAUUGAAGCCUGGAUGUUGGCCUGUAUACUCUUCGUGUUUGCAGCUUUAGCAGAGUACGCUGCACUUCUCUUCCAUAAAUCUAAAAUACUAUUAGAGACCCCAGUUGUACAUACCCAGUACCAGGUACAGAUUGAGAGGUUGCGUGAUUCUGACAGCUGGACUGAUGAAAGCCCGCGAAGAAGAAAGAAUAAUUUAAAGAUGUCAGCAAUAGAAACCCACGCUGCCAAUAAUUCUAGAAAUGGCGAAUCUACGGAUAGAGUGGAAAUAUUACCUCUUCAUCAAACCGAAGGCAUAACUGAGCAACAAAUUGCCUUGCAGAGGAAACAUAUGUAUACCAAAGUGGACAGGUUCUUCUUGGUGACGUUCCCGCUAAUGUUUAUAGUUUUUAACUCUGUAUACUGGUAUACAUAUCUCCAGUUUGUUUCCUAAAUCUAUAUACUGGUAUACAUAUCUCCAGUUUGUUUCCUAAAUCUGUAUACUGGUAUACAUAUCUCCAGUUUCCUAAAUCUGUAUACUGGUAUACAUAUCUCCAGUUUCCUAAAUGUAACAUCUACCAAACAUCUAUGCAAACUACAUAAUGCAGAGUAAAAAACUUAUUUGAAUUUUCUAAAUACUAAAAUAUUUUCUAAUUUUGAGGUUCUAGCUUUAGAA